CUCUCGGAGAUGGGGCGGACAGUUGAAGGGUGAAGCGAUACACUCGAGCGGCAAAACGAUUGUCGUGCGCGUUAACAGUCUCCGUUGAAGCUUCUGCUGCACGCGGACGAUCACCGAGGAUAUUUAGAGUGCGCGUGUUGGGUAAAUUAGGAUCAGAACCUCACUGCGGCGCGCAAGGAACCAGAGGAACGGGGAUUGCUUCGGGUCCUGCGCUUUACAACGUCUCCAAGAGCUUGCCGGGACUAAAUAAAUCCGUCACAGGACAACAUGAAAUGCGGUCAUUCAGGAGGCAGAAUUUAUCUCGCGCGAACCCAAACGCGGUAGGCUAUUGAGCGGCGGAGAGACUGGAGCGAGCGGCUGAGAGGCGAAACAUUGCUGUCUGUUGUAUUCCGUCGUCUUUUCAAAUUCUAGAGAAGAAGAAGUAAGAUAGCGUAUUAUUAUAUUUUACAGCUGACUUAACCGGACUGACUUUUCCAAGAGGUUACACUCUGAAGAACAACGUGUUUAUGGAUUGCUGCGCACCGAGGGACACCGGGAGUUGUAGGCUUCGCUCUUUUGCAUCGAUCAUGUUGAUACCUCGCUGUUGCUGUGAACUUUGGUAGAUGUUUGCAGAAAGACCAUAUAUAGAUACACGUUUUGAAUACAAACACGCUCAUAAACGCGCAGAUUGACCUCUGCAGAGGAAGUGGGAAGCGCCUUUUCGCCCCCCCCCCCCCCCCCCCCUCGUUUUUCUCUCCCAAGACGUCGGGACGGAUCUCUAUCACUCAGUCGCUCCUUCUGUGAUUUUAACAAAGACCAAAGUGUCUGGGGAUAGCAUGGCAAUGGUAGUAAACCAGUGGCCAGAGAACAUUUCUGCAGAUCCGGGGUCCCAGCUCCAGAUAUGCGGCCAGGAGCCCGGCGGGGCGCCGGGAACCCCCAACGGUUCCACCCCGGGGAAUGACACACUUUCCGGGGACAAGAUCCCCAACGUGGACUGCAUGGUGUGCGGGGACAAGUCCAGUGGGAAGCAUUACGGCCAGUUCACCUGCGAGGGAUGCAAAAGCUUCUUUAAGCGCUCGGUGAGGCGGAACCUCUCGUACACCUGCCGGGGGAACCGAGACUGUCCCAUCGACCAGCAUCACCGGAACCAGUGCCAGUACUGCCGGCUGAAGAAGUGCCUCAAAGUCGGCAUGAGAAGAGAGGGUAAGACCAUAGCUGUACAGCGAGGACGCACAUCGAACUCCCAGAGCAGCCCAGGACAGUACCUGACCAACGGCACCGAUCCGUACAACGGCCAGCCCUACCUAUCCGGCUUCAUUUCUCUGUUGCUGCGCGCCGAGCCCUACCCCACAUCUCGCUACGGGGCCCAGUGCAUGCAGGGAAACAACCUGAUGGGCAUUGAGAACAUCUGCGAGCUGGCGGCCAGGCUGCUCUUCAGUGCUGUUGAGUGGGCCAAGAACAUCCCUUUCUUCCCCGAUCUGCAGCUCAUGGACCAGGUGGCGCUGUUGCGCAUGUCAUGGAGCGAGCUCUUCGUGCUCAACGCCGCCCAGUGCUCCAUGCCGCUCCAUGUGGCCCCUCUGUUGGCAGCUGCAGGCCUGCACGCAUCGCCCAUGUCAGCGGAGCGCGUGGUGGCCUUCAUGGACCACAUCCGUGUCUUCCAAGAGCAGGUGGAGAAGCUGAAGGCCCUGCAGGUCGACACGGCAGAGUAUUCCUGCCUCAAGUCCAUCGUGCUCUUCACGUCUGAUGCUAUGGGGCUAUCAGACGUCGCCCACGUGGAGAGCAUCCAGGAGAAGUCCCAGUGCGCCCUGGAGGAGUAUGUAAGGAACCAGUACCCCAGCCAGCCAAACCGCUUCGGACGCCUCCUCCUCCGCCUGCCCUCCCUGCGCAUCGUCUCCUCUCCGGUCAUCGAGCAACUGUUUUUCGUCCGCCUGGUAGGCAAGACGCCCAUCGAGACGCUGCUCCGCGACAUGCUGCUCUCGGGUUCCAGCUACAACUGGCCCUACAUGCCCACCGUGCAGCGCGACCGGCCCAUCUCCCUCCACUACAACGAGAACGGGCCCUGAGGUGGAGAGGCAGACGAGACAGAGGAGGAGGAGCUGUGGAUGAAAUGCAGGCUUGAACGUCCAUCUGACUUCUCACCCAUCCACCCAGCCAUCCAUCCAUCCUUCAUUCAUUUCAACGUCUCCCUCACCAUUCCGCUCAAAAAACCCAAACUGACAAUGUAAUCCAUUACCGUCCCGGUUACACAAGCCAGCCAAUCAUUCACCGUGGGCCAUUGCAGAGACUCGGUGGCUCGUAGCAUCCCGUCAGCCGACGGUGCAGUCUACCUUUUGAGAUGUGGCGCGAGAUGGACAAGUUGGUAGAACAAGUUAUUGCGCAGUUCACCAGCAGGUCUGUUGGACUCACUUCAGAUGUCAGUCUCAAACCCCAUGAAAACAGAUGCAGAAAAAAGACAAAACAGUUGGUUUAUUGUUGGUGCUAGCCUACAUUUAUAGAGGCUGUGUACGAGCAUCUCAGUAGGACGGAUACUAAGCAAGGGCUUUGCCAAUGGGACUCUAAAACCAAGAGCACAAGGCCCACUGUAUAAUAUACCAAUUUUUUGAAAAGAAAGCCUGAAGCCAUUAAAAGAAGACAAAUGCCAAAAUGUCUUGGACUUUUGCAGAGGAUAUGUUUUAAUGUGCGUGUGUUUGUAUUAGCACUGUUUAUAUGGAGAGAAAACCCAUGAUUGUGUCCAUAUGUACAGUAUAUUGUUGAUUCAUAGGCAUCUAUAGCAUAGUAGGGUUCAAUGGGAAAAGCUCAGGUUCAAAGGGGGAGGUAGCCAGACAGACAUGCCAAUAUCAGAACAAGAACAAAAUACCAGUACAAAUUUAAAGCAGCCUGUGCCAAAGCUGAAAAAUGCAAAUUGUUUGGAUAUGUUUGUGGUAGUGUUGGUGAUGAACAUUUUGUGUCUCUAAUUUGACUAUAUACUUGUUUUGGGGUCUCAGGGGCAGAGAAGGCAAAAACAAACCAGCCUAGGCACUUGCAUUGUGAACUAGUCAGAACCUACACUUAUUCACUCCUGAGAAAUCACAGCACUGGUAGAUUCUCGCUGCCCUUAUGUCAUUUGAUCGAUCUACCUUUUCACUUAUUCAAAAGGCCCAUUGAAACUUCUUACAUGCUGUUUUCACAGGAGUAACACAACACAUGCUCAUUUUUGUUUUAUUGUCUUGAUUGUCAAUAUUGGACCUUAUGAAUUGGGGGGGAGGGGGAGGGGGAGCAUUUUACAAAACUAGCUGUACUUGCCUUAGAACAAAGAUUUUGUCACUGAGCAUUUAUCUUAUGACUGUGCCAUAAUCUCUCGUUACCUGUUAUAACAGGUAUUAUGUCCUGUCAGGAGAGGAAAUUGAACUCACGCGAUGUAAAAAUGAUUAAUGUGCACAUAAAGUCAUAGAAAAGUGAUGCAAACUAUGGAGAUUUUUUUAAUCCAUCAAUAGAGAGAACAGAUAUUUCUGCUUUAACAUCAUCAGCACUUUCGUUUUUUUUAGACUUCAUGCGAGUUCUUUUCCACUUCCUGAUGAUAUUGUCAUGUAGGGAAAACCCCCUCGACUCAUGUCCUUUGAGCUUAUCGUACCGAUAUCCGAGCGAAAAGUAUCACUAACCUCUGAAAACCUCAGUCUCUGUUACAAUACUAUCCCAGACUUAUGACUGUGACUUAGUUUAGGACUAUUUUAAGUUGUUGUUGUUUUUUUUCUUCUUCCCCUUGGUGGAAGUUUGUUUUGACAACCUGUCUCACAUUUCCAACAUGGCACUGUGGUAUCAACUUUGGCAUUGGAAAAGCCAUCUGGGACCUUAGAAAGCUGUCUGUUGAUAAAUGAAUUCACAGAAAGCUCCUAUGAGUUUUGUUUUUAUCCCCUCUUCUUUUGUUUGGAAAUAUGGAUUAUCCAUUAAUUGAAAUAAAAUUCUGUUCACAGUAA